AUGGCCUCUCCCCGCAGAGGCGACCGAGCUGCACUCGCGCGUCACCAUCAACCGCAGUCGCCCUUUGCCCGCGCGCGAGAGCCCAGCUACGAAUUCGAUCUCGAUAAUUCACAUUUUCCCACGCCUUCCAAACAGAGCGGGACGCGUCCUAGACCCAGCUUUCGCACAGGCACACUUUCCGGCGCGUAUCGAGCCACUUCACGCACGAGUAUGUCCGACGACGGCGCCGGACUCGGUCUAACCACCAGCCCGCGACAACCCCGAAAUUUUGUCAGUGCGCGCUCGCCAUCGUCGGAUAUGUCGAACCCACCCGAAGAACUCGUCGAUGUAUACAGGAGGAUUGAGCAGGACGGAACACUGGCUGACCUGCCGCUGGACGAUUGGGACGCUCCCCUCGAGACGCGUCCGGCCAGUCGGCCGAGUCGCUCGUCGCCUCGAGCAAGAGACAGAGAGUAUGAAGGUCGCGCAUUCUCGGAGGCAAGUUUUGUCAAUGAGAAUUCACCACGCAGGAGGACCUCCGACUAUGCCAGAGACGAACAGCGACUUCGACGUGUGACGGGCAAGGAUUCGCCGGUAUUCAGCAAGGCCAAAGUCGGGAACCGUGCGGCCCUCACAGCGGACAAUUUGCAACGAAGGGAGGAAGAGGAACAGGUUCAUGUAUCAGAAGAGGAUGAUGGCGAGCCGGGCCCAUCGUUGAAUUUGCCGCGGACAUGGGGAACCCGAGCCGGACGCCGCUCAGAAUGGCUCAGGAACGUGAGCGGAAGCACCGACUCCGAACCACAAGAGAGGAGAGAAGAACAAUUGCCCGUCAACAACGUCUCACAUAUGCGAGCUCAGGCGGAAGAUAACGUUCUCGCGAGAUAUUCUGCCCGCUCAUCCUCACGAGCCAGUGAACGAGGUAGCUUCCCAGCCCGGAACGCCCUUGGCGAACGUACAGCCAAUUUUCAUGCCAAGGACGCACCGCAGGACAAGAAGGAAGAGACAUCCAGCUGGGACCAGAAGGCACCUCAAGGCGAAGGUGUCCACGUGCCAAACACGCCCAUCGUGGUCUAUAAAAACCCUAGCUUCACCAAGGCAACUGCAGCGAAGCGUGAUUCGCAAAAUUUGCUUCGCAAGCUCGCACGAACCGAAAGCCCGAAGCCUGAACAAAUGCAGACUCCAGAUCAACCGAAGCUUUUCGAACGGAGGAUUUACGACAAGACGCCCAGAGUGACGGGUGCCUGGAUCGAUACACCAAUGACCGAACGGGUGGCAGAGCUUCCUCAGGAAUUGACCAAGGAUAUUGUCCUGCCAUCGGUGCCUGCAAAGGAACCCGAAGCUCCCAGACAGGAGCAAAAGCCGCCACCGAAUGUUCAACCGCCAGUCACAGAAGUAAAGCCAGAGCCGAGCACUGUGGAAGAGCCCGUCUCUGAGCCCCAACCCGCCAAACGGAACAAGUCGUUUGUCAUUCGACCCAAGCUACCAAAGAGCGGCCUCCAAACAGUCAUUGAGGACGUGAGUUCCGGCAAAGAAACUUUGGACUUGGGAGACGACACAAUUGAAUCCCUUCAGGCAAUUAUGGAUGACCCGACUGAGCUCAAGACCGAGGAAGAGGAGGAAGCUGCCUACGAACAGGAGGUGCUGAAGAGACUUGAGCUGGCAAAUGCAAAUGGACAAGAUUCCGUCGAUAUUGAUCGUCUGAACGACAAACUCCAUUCCCUCGUGAGAAACAUCAACGAAGUGAAGAAGGGCCUGAAUAGCUUGGAAGAGCACGUCAUCCGAGAUGCGGCCAUUGUGUCCCGGCAAGGCUCUCCCAAGAAAGCAGGCCCGCAGACACCAGACUCGCACUCAAGUGAGAACUGCGAGAAAUGCGUCCAUGACGAUGGCCGCGUAUACGCUGCUAUUCCGCUCCCUCGCCUCUGGAAAUGGGAUCCCGUAUCGCAGCGCCGUCAACUCACCAAACUAGGCUGGGUGACAUUCGUUUCGCUCAGCUGGUAUAUCAUCGAAUGUCUGAUGUGGGAUAUCUAUGCCCACCCCUUGAUCUCCGAAAUAUGCGAUGGCUAUUGCAUGCAAGCGGAUGCGCCUGAAUUCCCAUUCGUUACUGUCACGAUGCUCUGGCGGUGGUCCCAUCUGGAGUAUCUUUUGGCGCCUGUUGUUACCAUCUCUUUGGGCUUCUUCCGUCUCACGGCACAACUGCUGGGAUUGUGGGAUGGCUAUGUCGAUGAGCCACCGCAACUGAGCAACAUUGUUGGCGAGAUCCGCGUAAAUGGUACUCCAGUCUCAUUCCCUUGGUUGACGUCUCCGGGUCAAACGGUUGCACCGACACAGUCAUCUAUAGCUAUGCCGCAACAGCCUGUGUGGACUCCUCGCAAUGAAGUUCCGCAGCAUGAAGCUCCCAUCCAGUGGUCUGAUGAUCAAGUUUCCAUGGAGGAUGAUGAAUAUCUUUGA